AUACAAUCGUGAAAAGACAAAGGGGGCGAAAAGCAUGUAAAUCUGUUCUUCCAUAAAAACCAUUACAUAAUCUCUCAAUCAAUUCCAAGAACCCUAAUUACAUUUAUAAUUAAUAAAUAUAUAAAACUAUAUAUAUAUAUGUAUACACACACACACACAUUUUGCUGACUCAGAUCUAAGCUCGUGAAGAUUUACAGCCAUAGUACUACAUUCAAAGUGACAAGUCUGGUCUUACUUAUUUGGUCUUUUUCGAAGAUAUGGAGCAUGAAAAGAAGAGAAAAAACAAGAAAAAGAAGAACAAGCAGGGAAAAACAAGUGUACCUGCUUCUGAAAGCAACAUUGAUGCAAAUGUGACUAAACAGAAUCAUGAGAACCUGAAUUCUGAUAGUUCGGAUGUCCACAACAGAGUGGGGCAGCAAACUAUUUUGGAUUCGGAUAGAGAGUCCAUCAGUGGAGCUGAAACAUCGCAUUCAGUUGAGGCAGAUAAGCCCUAUUUGUCUAAAAGAGAGGCUUUGCUAGAACUAAAACUUGAAGAAUUUCACAAGCAGUUAGACGCAAAUUUACAAAGGGAGGCUGAUAUGCAGAAAGAUUUAUCACGAAUACAGGAAGAAAGAAACUUAUGGCAUCAGAAAGAGCUUUGUUUUGAUCAUCAGACCGAGCUUGAGAAAAGAAUUUUACAAUUUGAGACUGAAAAAGACUCUUGGCUUCAAAAAGAGGCUGUUUAUGAGGAAAAAGUUAACCACUUGGUUGAAGAAACCGCCACUCUGCGUUCUAUUGGGGUGAACUUUGAAGAAAAACGUAUCCGGAUGGAAGAAGAAAAAGUUAACUCGGCUCAAAGAGAGAAUUCAAAAACAGAAACAAUUGCAAGUUUGAGCAAAGAUAAUGCAAGAUUGCGAGCACAGGUGAUCGAGCUGGAAGCAUCCAUAAGUGAUAUCUUUCACCAAAACCGGCAACUAAAAGAACAUGUGUCUGAUCUUCAGGAAAAGAUUCAAGAUCUCGAGAAUUCUGUGGCUACCCGUUUGUCAUCUGAAAGUACAAAGCAAAUUACUCAAUACGAGGACAUGAAAUCACAGUUGGAAUCCAAGGAUGCACUUGUUUUGAAGUUGCUUUCUGAAAACGAAAAGCUUGUUGAGAAGGUCAAUGUCUUAAAUGCCAAGCUUGAGCAAAAGAGUGUAACAAAUCAGCCAUCUUCAAACAUUAAUCCCGUUGAUCCCAUGAUCAGAAACUCUAAAGUCAACAUUGAUGAAACGUCGGCCCUCAAGACUAAUUUAAUGCCAUCAUCAGCUGAAAAACUAGAUGCAGUUAGCAUCAUAAGUACCUCAUCUGGACCUAAAGAAGAAAUGCCAUCAGAUGAAGUAAUGAAAUCAGACGGUUCCCAUACUAAUCACAUUUCUCGUGUUAGCUUGGAGUCUGGAGAAAUUGUGCAGAUUUCACUGGAAGAAAACGAUGUUACAGUUGCCACAUCAGCAACUUCUGUACCCGAGAUCGAUGGUCCGGUGCCUCUGACGGAUGCACCACUCAUUGGUGCUCCUUUCAGGUUGAUAUCGUUUGUUGCCAGAUAUGUCAGCGGAGCCGACUUGGUUCAGAAAUAAGUCUUUGUUCCGGUUUAUGUACCAACAAGAUGAUGUGGUUUUUAUAGAUUCUAGGAGACGAUUAGUAGAUUUGAAAUUUACUAUAUUAAUGGGGAUACAAAUGAGGGUUAUAGUGUUUUGUAGCAAUAUACCAAGAGAUUAAAAAAGGAAGUCAGAUAUGGAUGUAUACUGAGGUGAAACCAAUUUUCUGGUGGUGUUUGGGUAUUAUCCAUUGGAAUAAAGACUAUAUUACUGAUU